AUGAAUGAUUUAAAUAAAUUAAAAGAUAAUCCUAUAUAUAAAAAUAGCACUAAUGAUUUAUAUCUUAUAGAAAAAGAAAGUAUAACUAUAAUAACCGAUGAUGAAAAUAAUAAUGAAGAAAAAAAUAAUAUAAAUAUUUCAAAAAGAAAUAAUUUAAAAAUUAUGCCUUAUGUUAAUAACUAUAAAAAUUUAAUCAAUAGAAAAAAUACAUUUUAUUCAGAAAGUUUAUGUAAUAUGGAAAAGAGUAAAACACAUCAUAACAAUAAUGACAACAUUGAUAAUAGAAAUACUGAUGAAGAUUUAAUGUUGCUAAAAAAAUUUGAAAGAACUAACUUUUUUAGUGAAUCAAAUGAUUCUAAUAUAGAGAGUUUUGAAAAAUGCUUAAAUAAUAAUAAGAGAAAUGAAUUAAUUAAUCUUAAAUGUACCAAUCAAAUAAUGAACGAUGAUAAUAUUGUUCUAAAUAACAGAGAUUCAAAAAAACAAGAAAUUUUUCAAAAUUUCAAUUCUAUAGAAAAUAUUAAAGAUUCCGAUAACUUCAUUUAUCUAAAUAAUUUUAAAUUUAAGAAGGGUAAUGAAAUUGUAGCAAAUGAAAAUGUUCAGAGUAAUUUUAAAAAUAAAGUUGAACUUAAUGUUGAAAAUAGCAAAGAAAGUGGUACCGAAAAUGUUUCUGAAAAUGAUACUGUAAAAGAUGUAUCAUUUAAUUUUCAAAAUUUAAAUAAUAAUUAUUUUAAUUAUAAAAAUAAAAAAUUAAGUAACGACUGUUAUCUUAAAAUAAAAUUUAAUCAAAUAUCUGAUUUCAAUAUAGAGAAUGAAUAUCAGAAUGCUAAUAAUUUUAAUAUCAAAUAUAAAAAAAUUUUUAAUUCAAUGAUUGAUAGUAUUCUAAGUUAUCCACAUAUGUAUUUUUAUGAAUCAAAUUAUAUAAACGAAAAAUACGAAAAAAAUUAUAUAUAUAAUAAAAAAAUUAAUAAAAGUGAGCAAAUAAAUAAUAUUCCUUUUAGUACAUUUCCAAUUAGUAAGGAUAAAACUAUUUUUCACAUACAUAAUAAUAAUAGUAUAGGCAAAAAUAACAAAAAUAUUUUUAAAUGUAACAUUGAUAAUUCAAAAAAUUUUAUUUUAUCAAAUUAUAAUAGAGAAAUAUCUAAUAUUUAUUCAUGCAGUGAUAAUUUGAAUCAUUUAAGUAACAACAAUACGACUGAUUAUUCUUCAUUUUCUUCUAAUAAUUUGCAACACAAAUUAAGAAGUAUCAAUAACGUUUCUAAUUUUCAUAUGAAUAAUUUAUUUAAAAGUAAUAAUAAAAAAAAUAAUUUAAAUUAUGAUGAAAAAAAAUUUGUUCAGGCUUUAAUAUAUUAUAACAAUAUGAUUAAUAAAUCUCAUAUGAAUAAUUUAAAAAGCGAUUUAAAUGAAGUUUUAUAUGAUAAUUCCUCUUCAAGAAAUGAAUUAUUUUUUAAUGAAAAUGAUUUUAAUUACACAAAUAAUUUAUUAAAUAAUGAAAAAUAUAAAAUGCAAGAUGCCUGUUCAAAUUAUUUUAAUAACAAUUAUACAUUUAAUCUAUAUAAUGAUUCCACUUAUGGGAAAUAUUUGAGUAAAUGCAAAGAUGAAGCAUAUGUGACAAGUACAUGUAUUAACAACUUUGGAAAAAGUAAUGAUAAUGGUAAUAUUACUUUUAAUAGCAAUAGUACUAUUUUUAAAACUAGUGAUAAUUAUAGUAUUAUUAAUAAUAAAAAUAAUAAAUGUGAUGAUAAUAUAAAGAGCAUGGAUGAGAUUACAUAUAAUUAUUAUAAAAGUAUUUAUAAUAGCAAUUCAAAAAAAAAAAAAAGUUACAAAAAUGAACAAAAUAAAAGCUUUGAUAUUAAGAAAAUAAAAAAUAGAAUAAAAGAAUUACAACAUAAAAUAAAAGGUGAUUUAAGUGAAUUAAGUAAUAAAAAUAUAAAUGAAAAAAAAAAUUUAAAUAAUCAUAAUAAAUUAAAAGGUACAUUUAAAAAUAAAACAAGAAAAGGGAGUGUUAAUAAUUGUGUACUUAAUAAAAAUAUGGAAUCUUUCCAUAAUAAAAAAAAUCGUAAUUAUUUGAAUUAUAUAAAUGAGACAGAUAACAAAAUUUAUGUAAACACAAUAAAUGAGAAUAUCUUUAUUAAGUAUAUUUCAAAACAAAUUUAUAAUUCUUUUAAUAAUUGUAUUAGUUUCUUAUGUUUAAGUGCCAAUGAUGAUAAAGAAAUAUUUGAAGAUUUGUUUUUUACUUAUUCUAAAUUAUUUGAUAUGGAAAUAAAUAAUAAUAUAAAUAUAAGAAAUAUGGAAAGUGAAAAAGAUAAUCACUAUUUCUAUUUUAUACAUACUUUAAAUAAAAAAAAUAAUUAUAAAAUAAUAAAAAAGGAAAAGAUGUAUUUCUAUUAUAAAUUGAAAGAAUUGGUAAAGCAUCAAUACAAGAUGAAUAUAUUAUAUGAAUUUAUAAAGAAUUUGAAUACAAAUGAAAUUAAAAAUAAUGAUAAAAAACAAAUUGAAACACAAAUAAUAAAUAGUAAUAAUAAUAAUAAUAAUAAUGAAGAAUUUGAUAUAUGUACACAAACAGAUUUUAAAAAUUGCCAAGUAUUGUAUGAAAAUUAUUUAGAAUAUUUGAAAAAGUUUUAUUUAGAUGAUAUAUAUUAUGAAAAAUUAUGUUUAAGAGAUAUGCGGCAUAUGAUUUUUAAUAAAGAUAAAUGGUCAUAUAAUUUAUUAAAUUCAUACUCGGAAAAAUUAAAUGAUGUAAUUAAUAUAUGUUAUACUGACAUGAACAAAUUUGAAAAUAUUACAAAUAAAAAAGAAGAAAAUUAUAAUAAUAAUAAUAAUAAUAAUGGUAAUAAUAACAAUUAUAACGUUAAAAAUACAAUUCUUAACGAAUAUAAUAGCUCAAUAGAAUAUAAUAAUGGAUUAAAUAAUAAAAGAGAAAUAGACGUAUAUAAGGACAUAGGAAUAAUAAGAAAAACAGGAACCGAAAUUAAAAACGAAAAAAGUAAUUUAUAUAAAGGUAUAAAUAGUAAAAAUGAAAUGAGUAAAAGACAAUGUACAAAAGUAAAAUACAUCAAUAUGAUAAAUGCAAAUGUAGAAAAUGAAAGAGAAAUAUUAAUAAGAAAUGAAUUAAAAGAGUUUUUUAGAUUUAAAAAAAAAUUUAAAAAAAUUUUAUCUAAGAAAGAAAAUAUAAUAGAUAAUUCCAAAAAGGUAUGUAUAUAUAAAAUAAGAAAAAUUAUGAGAAAUUUAUGUAAAUUGUCAAAUAUUAAAUAUAAAACCUUUUUAAUUCAUGAAUUAUAUAGAGUGUUUUUUAAAUUUACAAAAGAUAAAAAAAAAAAAAAUCAGAAUAAAAUGGAAAAUUUAGAAAGAAAACCUUUAAAAAUAAUUUUGAAUAGUAAAAUAAGUAAAAUUAAAAAUGAAAAAGUAAAAGAUCAUUUUAAUUCAGAUGAAAGUUUUAUUUCGUUAGCAAAAAAAGAAAAAGAAAAAAAACAGGAUAUUAUUGAAGUUAAUAGAAAAAAGCUAAAGAAGGAAGCAGAAGAACAAAGAGAAAAGAAGAAACAAAAAAUUGAAAGAAAAGAACCAAAAGAAGAAAAAGAACUAGAGAAGAACAAAUAUGAAAAGGAUGAAGAAAAUAGUAACUAUACUGAAGAAAAAAAGCAAAGUAAAAAUAGAGUAAUAGAAAUAGGAAAAAAUAAAUAUUCUCCAGAUAAUAUAAGAAAUCAAAAUUUAAAUAAAAAAAAGAGACAUAUGAUAUAUGACACAGAAUAUAUCGAGGGUAUUGGAAAACUUGAUGAAAUUAAAGAGAACAUAAUUACAUAUAAUAAGAAAAAUAGACGUAAUCCUGUAGAAUUAAAUAAAUUAGAGGAAACAAAUUAUGAAACAUCUGAAAAAAGAAAAAAAUAUAACUCAAGUAUAGAAAAUAAAGAAAUCUAUGUAUAUAUAAGGGGUAAUUUAGAUGUUUACUUAAAUGAAAAUAUGAAUGUAAAAUUUGAUAAAUGUAAUAUUUUUUUUAAAAAAAAACAUAUAAAUAAUGAUUUUAAAAUGAAUUUCGAUAAAAAUUUUUGUCAUAUUUUUUUUAACAAAAUAUUAGUAAAUUGUAUAAAGGAUAUACAAUUAAAGAAAAUAUAUUUUUCAUCAUUACACAAUGAUAUUAGUGAUAGUAAAAGUAAUAAUCCCAGUGAUUGUGAAGAGGAAAAUAAAAUAUUAACAAAAGACAGUUGUAUUUACAAGGUUAAUUCGUUAAAACAAGAUGAAAUAAUGUUAUUGUUUAAAAUUUUAUAUAGAAAUUUUUAUAAAUAUAUGCCUAAAUUAACUUUUAAUUCUAAUUUGGGAAUUCAUUAUUACUUUCCUAUGUUUUCAAAAAAUGAAAAUUUAUUUAAUAUUAAAAAAAGCAUAAUUUAUGAAAAAUUAGAUGAUACAUUUUAUUUUAAUUUCUUUUUAAGUAAAUAUAUAAAUUUAAAAGAGGGAGAAUUAUAUAAUCCGAAAAUUUUUUUUUGUUUUGACAGAGAACUAAUUUUAUCAAUUAUUUUAUAUUUAAAUAAAAACUUAGGAAACUUAUCUAUUCUUCACAAAUUGUAUGAAGAACAUGAAUAUUUGGAAUAUUUAAAAAAUAAUUAUUUUUAUAAUAAAUAUUGUGACAAUGAGAUAGUAAAUCAUGAAGACAGAUAUUUUAACAUAAUUAAAAAUUAUCUUAAUAAAGUAAUUAUACCAUAUUGUGAUCAUUCAAACUUUUAA